AUGUCGCAAAAUAUCGAAUCCAACAAUGCUCUAGUGCUGGCUGAGGCACUCCAGGCACUUAGGACCGACCCGACUCUCACCACUUUGACAUUGAAGCACAAGUCGAUCGGAGACAGUGGAGCUCAGGCGCUGGCUGAAGAACUCAAGACCAACUCGACUCUGAUCAGUUUUGACUUAAUUAACUGCUCUAUCGGAGAAAAUGGAGGUCAGGCGCUGGCUGAGGCACUCAAGACCAACUCGACUCUAUACACUUUGGACUUGUCUCGCAGCGCGAUCGGAGACAACGGAGCUCAGGCGCUGGCUGAGGCACUCAAGACCAACUCGACUCUGUACACUUUGGACUUGACCAGCAGCUCGAUCGAAAACAACGGAGCUCAGGCGCUGGCUGAGGCACUCAAAACCAACUCGACUCUGGGCACUUUGGUCUUGCGGGAGAACCACAUCGGAGACAAUGGGGCUCAGGCACUGUCUGAAGCACUCAAGUCCAACUCGACGCUGACUGAUUUGGACAUGUACUGCAAUUCGAUCGGAGAUAAUGGAUCUCAGUCAAUGUCUGAGGCACUCAAGACCAACUCAACUCUGGCCUAUUUGAACUUAGGUGGCAAUUUGAUUGGAGACACCGGAGCUCAGGCACUGUCUGAAGCACUCAAGAUCAACUCGACUCUGACCUCUUUGAACUUGAUGGACAACUUCAUUGGAGACCACGGAGUUCAAGCACUAAAGCAAGUGCCAUAUAGCGCAAGACGUGACAUCUAUUACGCAUAUUAA